GAAAAGGGAGUCAUUCUACUUUUCAAAAAGAGAGCCGGUGUUUGGGGAGGACUCCUAUCUCUGUGUUCUGCUGCAUCCAGGUCGAGCUCAGAGCUUCCCCGUCUCCUUCGCUCGCUUCUCUUUGCGCACUCCACCUGUCACGUGAAGUCAGCCCUGCCUCCAGCGCUUGGCUGCUGCUCUCCGCGACAUUCGUCACAAGGCUGUCAGGUAUUUCUUCCUGGCUUCAAAGCACACUUGGGUAAGAACGUUUUUCUAGAGCGUCCUUCCCAGGCUGUGCUCAGAAGCUCCCUGGAGGACUGAGACCUGGCUGGAGGGCACAGACAGCAGCGCCAACCGCCCCAGGACUGCCGGCCGCUGGCCACGCUCCUCGCCCCGGCUAUGCUCGGGCAAAGUUGAGCUCCUUCCUACUGAAUGUUUACCCGUCAGGCGAUGCUGCUCCUCUUUCCCGUCCUGCUGCCGGCCGUUUCUCACGUGUGUGUGGCGAGCGCCUCGGCGCUGCAGCACCAGAGCUGCGGCCCAGGUGCUCCCUCGGGAAGCGGGGGUGCUCUGCGAGCCGGUCCCCUGCCCGUUCUCGUUUUUUCCCAUGGAAAUGACAUCUUCAGGGUCGACCUGGAAGGGACGAAGUACAGGCGCCUGGUGGCCGACGCCGGCACUGCGGUGAUCAUGGGUUUUCGCUACAGCGAGGACAGAAUCUACUGGGUGGAUUUGGGAAGCCACGUUUUGCAGAGAGUUUUCCUGAAUGGGACAGGGCGAGAGAGAGUGUGCCGGAUUGGGAAGAGUGUCUCUGGGAUGGCAAUCAACUGGGUAAAUGGAGAGAUCCUCUGGUCAGACCCCCAGGAAGGGGCCAUCACGGUGACGGACAUGGAAGGAGGCGGUACCCACACUCUGUUAAGCACCCCGACACUCCCUGCGAAUGUAGCGGUUGACCCGGUAGAAAGGUUUAUAUUCUGGUCCUCGGAGGUGCCCGGCAGCCUGCACAGGGCCAGUCUGGGAGGUGCCGACGUGCAGACUCUGUUGGAGACGCCAGAUAGAAUAACGGCUUUGUCUCUGGAUGUGCUUGGCAGACGGCUCUUUUGGACGCAGAGUGAUGGCGAAGGAAGCGACCCUGGCAUUUUUUCCUGUGAUUAUGGUGGGGGCUCCGUGCGACUUUGCAAACGUCCCAUGCAGCACAGUCUGUCUGCAAUGUCCCUUUUCGGUGAGCACAUCGUCUACACAGCAUGGAGAGAGGAGACAGUUUGGGUAGCCGACAAGCACAGCGGGCAGGAUCUGGUUAGAAUGCGCCUCGGCCCUUCCCGGGCACCGCCUGGCGAGCUUGAGGUGGUGCACCCGCUGCUGCAGCCCGAGGGGCGUGGCACCCCUGGCUCCGGGAGCUGCCGAGUAGCCGUGGUCGUUAUGACACACGUUCGACCUUUCGAGGAAGCCGUGGUCGUUAUGACACACGUUCGACCUUUCGAGGAACCGGUCACGCAGCUGAGGCACAGUCUGUCUGCAAUGUCCCUUUUCGGUGAGCACAUCGUCUACACAGCAUGGAGAGAGGAGACAGUUUGGGUAGCCGACAAGCACAGCGGGCAGGAUCUGGUUAGAAUGCGCCUCGGCCCUUCCCGGGCACCGCCUGGCGAGCUUGAGGUGGUGCACCCGCUGCUGCAGCCCGAGGGGCGUGGCACCCCUGGCUCCGAGCCGAAGCUUUGCGAGCCGGGUGGCGGUGGCGGAGGUGGCAGCGCGUGCACGCAGCAGCCGGGGACGCGGGAGGGCGCCUGUGCCGAGGGGUUCGCAUGGAGCCAGGGCCGGCGCGCCUGCGAAGACGUGGACGAGUGUGUGCUGCGGACCCACGGCUGCACGCUGGGCUGUGAGAACACCCCCGGGGCCUACUACUGCACCUGCCCCGCGGGCUUCGCCCUGCUCCCCGACCGCCGGCGCUGCCACCAAUUAGUUCCCUGUCCACGCAACGUGACCGAGUGUAGCUACGGCUGUGUUCUGACGUCAGGCGGGCCCACGUGCUUCUGUCCUGAAGGCUCAGUGCUCGAGGCCGACGGGAAGACGUGCAGUGGUGAGCUGUUCAAUGGCGGGUGCAGCCAGCUCUGCCUCCCUCUUGGCCUCGCGUCCUGGGAAUGCCGGUGCCUUCCUGGGUAUGCCCUCCGGCCGGACAACAAAAGCUGCACAGCUCCAGGACCGCCGCCGUUCCUGCUGUUCGCCAGCUCCCAGGAGAUCCGGCACAUGCGUUUCGAUGGGACAGACUACGGAACCCUGCUUAGCCAGCCCGCGGGGACCGUGCUGGCCCUCGAUUACGACCCUGUGGAAAACAAGGUGAGGUCCUGUUAUCGGAUCGUGCUUGCAAUGAUGCACGUCAUGACUCUGAGGCUGCGCGCCCACGCACUCUGCUCAUCUGUGGGCUCAGGCUCUCCCCGGGACGGAGACCCCAAGGGGCACGCGCCUGCUCGCCUGGUGGCCGGCUGUGUGGCUGGGGGAGAGGGCUACGUCCUCACCAAGCAAGCAGCGCAAACGCCUGGUCUACGUACCAGCACGAGCGUGGCUGGGAGGCCCCGCAAGAAUGCGCGCCUCGAAGGGAGUGACCUGAACGGAAAGCACCGCAGAGUGCUGGUCCAGGACCGCGUCUCUCAGCCGCGAGGCAUCGCCGUGCACCCAGUGGCCAAGAGAUUGUUCUGGACCGACUCAGGGCCUAAGCCACGAAUCGAAAGCUGUUCCCUGCAAGGCUUCGGCCGGGCGGUGAUCGCCAGCUCCGGCCUGGCCCAGCCCGGCGGGAUCGCCAUCGACCUCCUGACCCACCAGCUGUACUGGUGCGACGCCGGCAGGUCUGUGGUCGAAGCCGCCAACCUGGACGGCUCCCAGCGCCGGACCCUGGCCCGGAUCCACGCAGGUCACCCCUUUGCUGUCGCGGUGUUCGAGGAUUACGUGUGGUUCUCAGACUGGGCCACGUCCUCGGUGACCAGGGUGCACAAGAGGACGGGUGGUGACAGGGUGCGACUCCGAGGCAGCAUGCAGCAGCCCUCGGCGCUGGUCGUGGUCCACCCUCUGGCAAAGCCAGGGGCAGACCCCUGCCUACACCAGAAUGGCGGCUGCGCGCACUUCUGCCAAGAGAGCUUCGGAGCUGCGCGGUGCUCCUGUCGUGGAGGCUUCGUGACCGCCCCGGACGGGAGGUCGUGCCUGGCUCUGAGUGGCCAUCUGGUGUCCGCCGGGCUCCUGUUACAGACUAACCCCCACGCCUCCAUCGCUCAGCGUGGGCCCCGUGCCCUCCCCCACUCACCGCUGAGUGCAUCCCGCUGGAGAAAGCCGCCUCAGGAUCGCCUGCCAGCCAUGACAGGCACCUCACUUCCAAGCUUCAAGUCCCCAGUCUUCGAGUGGGGUGCAUGCUCUGUUUAUUUAUGUCUUGAGAGAGACAGGUGGAAAGCCGGCGGGGACGAGGGCCCCACAGCGUCCUCGCGCUGCCCUCGCUGCCCUGACCGGCACGUGCCCAGCGUGUGGGGAGGGGGAUUCCUUCCCCAGGUGGCUGUUGCACCGCUGCCUGCCCCCGGCUGGAGUUUCUGUGUCACUGCGACCCUGCCAGUUUCCCCAUCCUCUUACUGGGAGGAUGAGCCUCAGCUCGCAGCGGACAGCUCAGCUGGAGGAGCAGAAAGGCUAGCUGACCACAGCUGCUACCCUCCACCAGGUGGCGACACUGCUGCAGGGAACCCGGAGCCACCCUCGGACACCUCACCCAGGGCCAGCUUGUCCCCGGAAAGUGUCAUCAAGUCUGGGAGCACACUGGUGGCUGAGGUCCUGCCAGAUACUGAGGCGUGCCAGCCGGGGGUGCACCGCUGCGAAGAGGCCGCCGGCUGUGCAGGUGCGGAGGGCGGCCACCGCUGCUCCCCGGCCGGCAGUCCCCCGGGAGCUGGAAGAAAUCUCCCUGAUUCUACGCCGCCCUCCGGCCUCCGGGAAGACGGCCGCCACCCCGUCAGAAGUAGCUACCCCGAGUGUCCCCCGGAAUAUGAGGGGUACUGCCUCCACGGCGGCGUGUGCAGGUACAUCGCGGUGCUGGGCAGCUACGCCUGCAACUGUGCCGUCGGCUACGUCGGGGAGCGCUGUCAGCACCUGGACUUGCAGCUGCGCCACGCCAGCCUCGGGCAGCAGCGGGAUGUCACCGUGGUGGCUGUGUGCGUGGUGGGGCUGGUCCUCCUGGUCCUGCUGGGGCUGUGGGGGGCCCACUACUACAGGACUCAGAAGCUGCUAUCAAAAACCCCGAGGAACCCUUAUGAGCUGCCCAGUGGAGACGCGUGUGGGAGUGGGCCGGCCCUUGGAGAGUCCGGGACGUCGUCCUGCCCUCCAGUGUGGUUCAUGGUUAUUCAGGAGCAUCAAGACCUCGGGCUUGGGAGCCCCCCUGUGGUCGGCCAGCCGGGCCAGGAGGCAGGCGUUGCCCAGUCGUCCUCCCUGGAGCCUGGGUCAGCGCGGCCGGCAUCGUGGAGGGAGCCCCAGGAGUAUGGAGCAGGCUUGGAGCUGGCUGCCGGGUCACACCACCCAGUGACAAAGACUCUGGUCCCCAGAUAACUGGCAAAGUGAUGGACUGCCCUGUGUGAGACUCGGCCCCCUUCUCUCCUAUCCCCUAACCCACGAGACCCGUCAGGCCAGAUGGGGCCCCCGGAUGAGAACCAGAACCUGAAGGAAGGCCAAGGAGGAGCUGUGUGAUGGGCAGCGCCCCCCGUCCCCAAAGCGGAGGGCAAUGGCCCAUGUCGGGCCCCAGUCCCUGUGACUCACUCCUCAGGGCCUGGGGACCCUCACAGAGCUGGGUUUCGUUUCUCCCCUCAAGCAGGCCUUUCACAGACUCCCAAGCAAGUCGCUGGGGGAAUUGCUAGGUAACUGGUUCAAAACCCAAACUGGACAACACGCCUUGUAGGCUCUGCCUUCUUCAGUCAAUGCAGACAGUGUCUCACCCCCCCCACCCACCCCCCCCGGGCCCAGGCUGGGACGGAAGCAGGUCAUCAUACUGGUCUGGCCAGUUACAGAGUCAUCUCUGAAGUGACUGGAAUGUUACAGUAACGGUGAGCUACAUGGCAGGCAUUCAGUUUAUGAUCGGUGUGUCUCAUGCUGGUCAUUUUGCAUUAUUAAUUGUGAUAGAUUAAUGAAAAGCAGUAAUUUUGAACCAACUUUCUUCAGAAUUAAAUGGCUUCUUUUUGUACUUCAAAAUCUUUGGAUGAAAACAUUUCACUUUGCAACGUUGCUGGAGACGCCUGUGUGUCUCAGUCUCCCCUCUCCUAUCCCUACGGAAUUUCCCCAGUGAGCUUGGUGAAUCCUCUCUGUGUGUCUGCAGAGCGCUUUCAUGUAUUUCAGAUCGGAGAUUGUAAACAAAUUGCCUGAUUUGUUUUCGUUAUGGAGAGCAAUCGAUUUCUUCUAAUUAUUUAAAUACAAUCACUCUGAAACAUAAA